AGGAGAUUGGAGGGGGCGGGCGGGGGACAGCGAUUUGGCCUUCCGAGAACAACGCGACCAGGCCAUAGGGGGGCACAUUUACCCCUUUCUUCUUCGCCCUCCCUCUACUAGAUCUGACUUUGUUGUCGUUUUUGGAGGGAGGGAAUUUAUUAAAAAAACAAAACAAAACUGACGCCAUGCAGGCUCGAUACUCCGUCUCGGACCCCAACGCCUUGGGAGUGGUCCCUUAUCUGAGCGAGCAGAACUAUUACCGGACGGCUGGGACUUACGGCAGUAUGGCGGGCUCCAUGGGGGUCUACCCGGGGCACCCCGACCAGUACGCGGCCGGUAUGGGGCGCUCGUACGGGCCUUACCACCCUCACCAGCCCACGGCGCCCAAAGACUUGGUGAAGCCGCCCUACAGCUACAUCGCCCUGAUCACUAUGGCGAUCCAGAACGCGCCGGAUAAGAAGAUCACCUUGAACGGCAUCUACCAGUUCAUCAUGGACCGCUUCCCUUUCUACCGGGAAAACAAGCAGGGCUGGCAAAACUCCAUUCGCCACAACCUCUCGCUCAACGAGUGCUUCGUGAAGGUGCCUCGCGACGACAAGAAGCCGGGCAAAGGGAGCUACUGGACCCUCGAUCCGGAUUCUUACAAUAUGUUCGAGAACGGCAGCUUCCUCCGACGCCGCAGGCGCUUCAAGAAGAAAGACGUCUCCAAGGAGAAGGACGACACGCUCCGGGAAAGACACCUCAAGGAGCCCCUGAAGGCCGCCGACGUCUCCAAGGACACGCCGCAGUCCAACAACGCCGGCGGCAACGCCUCCCUGUCCGCCUCUGCCCCGCCGCCGCCUUCUUCCUCGGCCGCCCCGUCUGAGAAGAAGAUCGUCAUCAAGAGCGAGGCUUCCUCGCCGGACCUGCCAAUCAUCACCAAGGUAGAGACCCUCAGCCCGGAGAGCGGCAGCGCCCUUCAGGACAGCCCGCGGAGCGUGGCGUCCACGCCGUCGGUGUCCACCGAGAGCUCGCUGCCCGGUGAUCCCCACCACCCGGGCGCCGGCACCAACGGGCUGUCGGGGUUCAGCGUGGAGAACAUCAUGACUCUACGGACUUCGCCGCCGGGCGAGCUCAGCCCAGUCAGCAGGACGGCCGGAAUGGUGUCCUCCUUGCCCCUCGGGUACGCCCAGGCGCAAGCCCCGUCCAUCUACAGCCAGGCCUGUAGCCAGGGGGGCUUGGGGGAGGCCGGGGGCAGCUACCAGUGCAGCAUGCGCGCCAUGAGCCUCUACACGGGCGAGAGGAACGCUCACCUGUGUGUGCCCACCACCUUGGAGGAAGCCGCCGCCUCCAUCUCGGAGCAGCAGCAAAGCAACGGCGCCUCUUCGCCCCUUACCUCCAUGAAUCUGGCCUCUGGCGGGGGGCAGCAGCAGGAGGGGACCCUCACCCCCAGCCACCACCAUCACCACCACCAUCACCACCACGCUCUCCCUCACCACCAAGCCGGCGGCCAAGCCACAGCCGCCGCCGCCUCCUGGUACCUGAACCACACGUCGGAGAUCAACCAUCACCUGCCCAGCCACGCCUUCGGGGCGCAACAGCAGAACUUCUCCAACGUGCGGGAAAUGUUCAACACUCACCGGCUGGGGCUAGAGACCUCGACAGCGCUGAGCGAGCAACAGGUGAGCACCAACUCCACCUGUCAGAUCCCCUAUAGAGCUGCGCCCUCCAUAUACCGCCACACCACCACCCCUUAUUCCUAUGACUGCACUAAGUAUUGAUUGAGCGGCUCCUGGGAAACACAAACAAACAAACAAACAAACAAACAAACAAACAAGGGAGGGGGUUUAAGCGAACCCUUCAGAUUGCACAGAAGGAAAUUAGCGCUGUGCUUUGUUUUUAAACGACCUCAUAUUCAAACGAAAGACUGGGGUGAAAAAGUGACCCGCCCCACAAAAUAGAACUUCACGAACCCUAAAAUCCCUGUUUGGGGUGUGCGCGUGUGCGUGCGGUGGGGUGUUCUUCAGUGCCUUCUUUUAAUUCAAGUUAAUUAUACUUGGGGGAGUUGAGGAGUCAUCUUUUUAACGAAAGUUAAAUAUAUUAGUAAAGGACAGUGGCAAAACUUAUUUUGUGAAAAGAAAAAAGGACGGUGAUCUCGGACAAUGUUAAUUUAUGGAGAAUCACCAUUUCCACAACGACCAUUUAUAGGAUUUUUUGAAAGGGAAAGAAAUAAUUAUAGAUACAGCUAUAUAAAAGUAUACGUUUUGGUGUUGAGGGUUUUGGGGGGAUUUUUUUGGAGGGGAGUUUCUGUUUAUUGCGUUGUAAAUAUGUGUGGAAAUCAGGCUUAAGUGGAGAGCCAUUAUUAAUAUAAUAUUUAAAGUUGAGUUCACUGGAUUAUUCCUUUAAAAUUUUCCCAUGUUGUCCAUCUUCUUCCAUCUGUCAAAUUAAUGAUCAGUGCACGUCCUCCUGUUUUCUUCGGGUUUUGUGAACAAAUACGCAUCAAAAGUCCCUUUUCCCUUUUAAAAGUGAAUUACAAAAAAUGAAUAAUUUAUUGUUGUUUCCCCUUGAUGAACUGUUGUGGAUGGGAAGUAUUGGAAAACACACACUUUUUUAAAAAAGUAAAGUAUCUGAUACUUUCAGUAGAAAAACAGAGAGAUAGAAAACAAGUGUGUGAUUAUUAUUAUUUUAAAUUGUAAAAUAGAUUUCCCACUCUGAACUGAUCCUUUAAAAACCGACAAAAUGCAUUUAGGUAAAAAAAACACAUUCUCUUUGAAUUCUCUGUCACGUUUGUUUUGUCUUAUGUGGUCUUAAUUGUUGUACUCAUUCUUGGAAAAAAAUUAAUAAAUCCGUGCUGUUUAUUUCUCCUCAAAAAGUCUGCCGCAUGUUUGUGUGAAUUUCUGCAGUUUUCCUGCUUCCAGCCCUCUUCCCUUUCCACUCUCCACCCUUCGCAAAUAUGAUAAGAAAAACGAAGUGCAGGCCUGCAAGGCAGCUG